AUGUAUAAAAUUGGUUGUCAUGUGGGACACAUUUGUUGUUGGUCUAUUGUGUACAACUUUCUUCGUAUAUAUUCACUUAAGCCCAAUGUAGUCAAAUUUGAUGAGUCCACAAUAAAUAAUGAAAUUGGUAUUCUAGAAAACAUUUCAAAAUGUUCCACAAAAGCAUUGAGCUCAAUUGAAGAAAAAUCACUUCCUAGUGAUUGCAUUGAUCAUCUUGAAAUAGAAUGUAAAGUAGUCGAUGGACAAGAAAAGGUACAAGAAAAGUCAAACAUUAUGAAACAUCUGAAAAUUUUUACUGACAAGAACAACUUGAAAGCACUAUUUGCACCUGCAUUGUGGGGGAGUGGUCGUUGGUGUGAUAAUUGGUAUAGUUCCUCAAUUAAGAAAAGUUCUAAUUGGUGAAAGUGCUCCUCUUCAUAUGCUUCAUACAUCUGUAUCUAUGCUGGGG